CCCUGAUGCCGAGGGAUGGAUAGAGCGGCUGCCCUGCGAGCCGCCGGCAUGCUGGAGAGGAAGGAGCGGAGCGGCGGCGAGGCGGCGGGGCCGCGGGGCUUGCCGGCCGUGCGGAGCACGCUGCAGCAGUGCGGGCUGCUGCAGGACCUCAUCGACAUCUCGCUCUCCAACCUGCGCGGGCUCCGCACCAAGUGCGCCGCGUCCAACGACCUCACGCAGCAGGAGAUCCGCACGCUGGAGGUGAAGCUCAUCGACUACAUCCACCGGCAGCGGCAGUGCAAGCUGAGCGUGCCCCUGAGCGACAGGACGGCCGAGCUCAACAGCUACCCCCGCUUCCACGACUGGCUGGACAUCGUCAACGUGAGGAAAGAGGUUGUGCAGAGGAUACCAGAGGAGCUGACCUUGGAUGCCUUACUAGAAAUGAAUGAGUCAAAGGUGAAGGAGACAAUGAAGAGGUGUGGUGCCAGAGAUGAGGAGUGCUCCAGGCUCAACGGGGCACUGAGCUGCCUAAGGAAGGUGACAGAAUCAGGUGGGGAGCUGAAGGACGACGUGCUGGUGACCCCGCCCGAGAUGCGCCGGGACAGCAGCUCCUGCCCGGACCCCGCGGCCCUGCCCGUGCCCAGGGCCAGCCCCCAGCCCCGCUGUGGCUCCGUGUCCACGGCCCCCCCCGCAGACCCUCUGCAGAGCCUCGGCCCCUCCGUGUACACAGAGACCCUCCUGGAGCCCCUGGUGCCCCCGGCCCAGGGCAGGCUGGCACCCAGGACUCACAGCAUCACCAUCACCCCCCCGGCCACCCCACAGGCCAAGCGGCGCCACAAGCUGAAGCCACCACGGACUCCUCCCCCCCCUUGCCGGAAGGUUUUCCAGCUGCUGCCCAACUUCCCGACCCUCACGAGGAGCAAGUCCCACGAAUCACAGCUGGGAAACAGGAUAGAUGAAGUUCCUCCAAUAAAGUUCGAGCUCUCCCAGGGAUCCCCUCAGACGGUACGAAGAGACUUUGGCCUGGCGGUGACACACAGGUUCUCUACAAAGUCCUGGCUCUCUCAGAUCUGCCAAGUCUGUCAGAAGAGCAUGAUGUUCGGGGUGAAGUGUAAGUACUGCAGAUUAAAAUGUCACAACAAAUGUACUAAAGAGGCACCUGCUUGUAGAAUAUCCUUCCUUCCCAUAGCAAAAAUAAGAAGAACAGAGUCUGUCCCCUCUGAUAUCAAUAAUCCAGUAGACAGACCCACAGAACCACAGUUUGGAACUCUCCCCAAAGCACUAACUAAAAAGGAGCAUCCACCAGCAAUAAACCACCUGGACUCCAGCAGUAAUCCUUCCUCUACAACCUCAUCUACUCCAUCUUCCCCAGCACCUUUCCAGUCUUCCAACCCUCCCAGUGCAACACCUCCCCCCAACCCCUCUCCCAUGGGCCAGAGGGACGGGCGCUUUAACUUCCCAGCUGCCUACUACCUUCAGCAUAGACAACAGUUUAUCUUCCCAGAAAUUCCCAGUCCUGCACAAACAGCACAACCUCCAGAAACUGCUGCAGACACUAACACUGCCCAGCCAGGCCCGGGCGGAGCCGGACGGGAGGCAGAGGUGGAAGAACCAGAGACAAAUAAAUCGGAGCCCGAGGAUGACGAGGACGAGGUGGAGGAUUUGCCGAACCGGCGGCCGCACCUGCAGGGGAUGAUCUACCGCAAACCCAGCCAGACCAGCGUGUACCUGCAGGAGUGGGACAUCCCCUUCGAGCAGGUCCAGCUGGGGGACCCCAUCGGCCAGGGCCGCUGGGGGAAGGUCUACAAGGGCAAGUGGCACGGGGAGGUGGCCAUCAGGCUGCUGGAGAUCGACGGCAACAACCAGGAUCAUCUCAAGCUCUUUAAAAAGGAGGUGAUGAACUACAGACAGACCCGGCACGAGAACGUGGUGCUGUUCAUGGGAGCCUGCAUGAACCCCCCUCACUUAGCAAUCAUUACCAGCUUCUGCAAAGGAAGGACACUGCACUCCUUUGUGAGGGACCCCAAGAUAUCCCUGGACAUUAACAAAACCAGGCAGAUAGCACAGGAGAUCAUCAAGGGCAUGGGGUAUCUCCACGCAAAGGGCAUCGUACAUAAGGACCUGAAAUCCAAGAAUGUUUUCUAUGACAAUGGCAAAGUUGUGAUCACCGACUUUGGAUUAUUUGGAAUUUCCGGUGUGGUUCAGGAAGGAAGGAGGGAGAAUGAACUGAAGCUGCCUCAUGACUGGUUGUGCUACCUGGCCCCCGAGAUCGUCCGUGAGAUGGCCCCAGGGAAAGAUGAAGACAAGCUGCCUUUCUCCAAAGCUGCAGAUAUCUAUGCCUUUGGGACGGUGUGGUACGAGCUGCAGGCCCGGGAGUGGCCAUUCAGGACCCAGCCUGCCCAGGCGCUCAUCUGGCAGAUCGGCAGCGGCGAGGGCGUCAGGCAGCUCCUGGCAACCGUCAGUCUGGGCAAGGAAGUCAACGAAAUCCUCUCGGCGUGCUGGGCCUUCGACCUGAGCGAGCGGCCCAGCUUCACUGUCCUCAUGGAAAUGCUUGAAAAACUGCCAAAACUGAACCGCCGGCUCUCCCACCCGGGGCACUUCUGGAAGUCUGCUGACAUUAACAGUAGCAAAGUUGUCCUGCGUUUUGAAAGAUUUGGCUUGGGGAUCCUGGAGCCGAGUAACCCAAAGCUGUAGCCGGGUGUCCCUGUGACCUGUUUCUGCUCCCACACAGCACCAGAAACCCUCAGUGGCUCCUCCGUGCCGAGGCUGGUGCAGCCCCUCUGAAGACCAUCAGCUCAGCCCCGUGUCCUGCCUGAGCACCAGCAGUUAUUUAAACAAUGUUUACAUGAUACUUUUGUGUGAACUAUAUUUUUUUAAACAUAAUAAACAGUGAAUCAAGUUUAACUACAGCCAUUCUCAAAUAGCACUGAGAUAGAAGAACAGUUUCUGGUUCCUCCUUGUGUCUGUGGUCAGUAGGAGCCACGCUCUCCCUUCAGAGCUGUGGGUUCCCUCAGCAGUGGGACAGUUGCUGCAGAACAGGAACGUGGCUCCUACGAGGCACUGCCUCCCAGAGGGGGAUUUCCUUCCUGGAGGUAAAGCCCAGCCUGCUGCACUGGGACCUGCCCAAAGCAGGCACUGAACCCCGAGGUCUGUUUGAGCAGGGCUGGUCCAGCUCUGGGUCACCCUGAACUCAGCACAGAUGUCCUGCUGCAGGAGGGCUGGCUCAGUUAGUGACUCAAGUGCUCUUCUCCACAGAACUCACACUAAAACCUGCUCCUUCUCAUACAAUGCCAGAGGAAUUGAGACUUGCUGGCCUUUAAAAAUAAACCCAUGACACGUCACAGCUCUGCACAGGGGGCAAAUUUUUCUUUUGAAAUUUAGGCACAAGUUCCAGUCCCCUGAAGUUGUGGCAUUUCUGGAAACAUAACACUGUCCAACAGCCUCGACCCUUCCAGCCCCAUCACUGUUGGCUGGUCAACAGCAGGGGAUCUGCCAACUGCCCUGGUCCUGCCCAAACAAAACCCCUGCACACUGUGGGAGGAGAGAAGGUCCCCAUCCUACACACAGGGAAGUGGCUGGGGAAGUCAGUGUGGGUUUCUCCUCCCAUGGGGAAAGACAAACCCAUGGUGGGAUUGUCUUUGCUCAGGGACCAGGGUGUACCUGGCAAGAGAGAUAGGAAAAGGGAAAAGCUGGCCCUAAAUAAUGCAUUAAGUAAGACCUUGAUGCACUGAGCUUGUUAAGAGCUUCAGAGUCAUUGCACAUACACAGUGUUGCCACCACCUACCAUCAGCCCCAUUUAAACCUCAAGCUCUUUGUGAAAAAUACAGGACUCCAGCAGUUGUUUUGGGUAAAAAACUUAGGAACAACAGAAAUCUUGCAACCAGGAAGGGUCUGGAGGCCCCACCUCAGUCCAACAGCUCAGACUUGUUUCAAAGGUUUGUUUUAAGACCA